ACCAUGUCUGAUACUGAAGAUAACUCACAAGAAACUACUGAAUUCGCCAAGGAAGAAGAAUGCAAGGCUCAUUUCACUCCUUUGGUUGACAAGGAUGCCCUCCCAACUGUUGAUGUCUCCGUAAAGAAUGAUGAUGAAGAAGAAAUUUAUAAUGUUCGUGCUAAGCUUUACAGAUUCGACAGUGAAGCCAACGAAUGGAAGGAACGUGGUGUUGGUCAAAUGAGAUUCCUCCAACACAAGGUUGACAAGAGAGUCAGAGCUUUGAUGAGAAGAGACAAGAUCAUGACUAUCUGUGCUAACCAUACGAUCUUCCCAGAAAUCAAGUUGUCUCCUAAUGUUGGUAGCGACAAGGCUUGGGUUUAUACUUCCCCAGCUGAUUUUGCCGAUAACGAACAAAAGGUUGAAACUUUUGCCAUUCGUUUCCAAACUAGUGAAAUUGCUCAAGAAUUCAAGACCAAGUUCGAAGAAGCCCAAAAGGCCUAUCCAAAGAAGGAGGAAAAGAAGGAAGAAGAAAAGAAAGAAGAAUAAAUCAUUUUCAAAUACUUGUAAAUAA